UUGAACCAACAUCGGAUAAUAAUUGGAAAGUUGAAUUAGAAUUAUCUGCUGAUAUCGCUUCACAGAUGAGCAAUCAUUUUAAGGAAUGGAAAAGUGAAUCUACAUAUUUCACAUUAGGCAAGAUUUUGCAUGAACUUGGUGAAUAUACAAAUGCAAUCAAUUUUUAUAAACGAAUGUUCACAGAAUCAUCGAAUCUUUCGGAACGUACUCUUGCUAGUAUUUAUCAUCACAUUGCUAAGUCAGAAUACGCAAAUGGUUCGUAUCAAAGUGCAUAUGACAAUCUUGAGCAAGCAGAAAAAAUCCUUGAAAACAUGUCUAAAUCAAAUGAUGAAAUUAAUCUUUCUUUUCGAUCAAUCUAUGCAGAAGAUGCAGAACCUUCACCGAUGUGUAUUACAAUGAAUAUGGGUUUAGUUCAUCGUCAAAUGAAUCAUUAUGAACAAGCGAGACAUUUAUUUAAUGAAGCUCUUCAAAAACAUGGCUCAACUACCGACAAAGCUAUAUUGUACAAUUCUAUUGGUGGAUUAAACUUUCAGCAAGGUAAUUAUUAUGAAGCCCUUAAUAAUUAUCUUGAAGCACUUAAGCUAACUACUGAUCAAUCAUUAAAAGCAGAAAUAAAUCAAAGAAUAAAUUUACUCAAUGAACUUUUACGUCGAUAG